GCUUCUGAUAACGAAAUUGUUGCUUCCUACUCGAACUUAAGUGCCCUAUCUACGCCCAUCAAACGCCAGACUGUCACAUGUCAUGUUUCGCUGGACGCUAGUUUUACUAACCAGCUUGCUUACAAUGCAUCGUAUUCAAUUAGUCAAGGCGGUCUAGACCGUUUCUCGAUCAGGUCGGUGGAGAAGAAGAGUUCACAUCGAGCAAGGCAUGAGGCAUAUGAUAAAAAAAAUGGAAUUGAAGAUAAAAAAUUCAAAGGACUCAAGCCUACAUUAAAGCGGGAGGAGAUUACUAAGAAUGAGGAAGAGAAAGCGGUGAGACAAUAUGCAGAAACAGAAGAAAAAGGGAAAGAAUAUGAGGAAAGAAGAGGGAAAGAAGAAUUGGCGGUGGGAGAGAAGGAGGAAGAGAAUGAUUAUGAGCAAGGGCAGGGGCAGAAGAGGAAGGAAGACGAGGAUGAAGAGGUGCAAACUAAAAUAAAGGAGACCAAGAUAGGCGAAGCGAAGGCUGGUGGAGUCCAGAGGCCCAGUAAAAAAAAGAAGGUGAUGAUGGUGCUCGCUGAAGGACAAUUAGAUACGGAGUCCACAAAUAUUAGCCAGGAAUUAAGUGAAGCCUCAGCAUUGAUCCUUUCUGGACAAUUUCUGAAAAAUCCAUUGGUCUGCGAAAAAGUUGUUGCUCGUCACCAGGGCGAAGCCAAUUCGGAAAUCCCUGCAUGGUCCAAGCACGAAACAAGGAGUUAUGUAAGUAAAGGUCAAUUUCCCCCCCCUGAACUUGUGAUGAGUAUGUUAUAG